AUUAAAAUAAGAAGAAACCCAAAAGCAUCUCGCCUAUUAUUCUGAAAACCAGAGACUGUUUUAAGCACAGUAUAUACAGAAAAUCCAAACCCAGAAACCCAGCAACAAACUAUCUCCUUCAGAUUUAUAAGUCAGACAAACCCAAGAACAUUUUAUGGAUGAGGAUCUCAACCUGACAAGAAGAUGAAGAAAAGCAUCAAAACGCUACAAAAAUGCGAAAAUUCCCAAACCCUUGGGCAAAAACGCAGAGAAUCUUUUGAUAGUUAGAUGCAUCACUCUCUUUAUACUCAGACCACAAGCCCAGCUUGAUCGUUUCCCAGUUCUGUUUCAAGGAACAAGCACCCUUCUAAGCCACCCCUCACAAGUCAUGUCCUGCACAAGCUGCUGUUCGAAGUCUUUAACCCACGAUCACAUAUCUGGCAACCUGAUAUGCUCAUCGUGCGGCACGGUUCAGUCAUUCAACAAUUUUGACCCCCAAACUUACAGCCGUGACGGCCCCAUCGGAAGUUACAUUCAGGUGGGCUCUUCAGGUACCGGCUCAGUCCUAAAUUAUAAAGAUAAGAAAGUCUACGAAUCUAAGAAAUUAAUAGAUGAAUAUACUUAUAAAUUGAACUUGACCGGUGAAAAAUCCACUGAUAUCAAAAAAAUGAUUGAUAAAAUCACUGAGGGUGAAUUCGGGUUGGGGGAUUGGUUUCCGAUUUUAAUCGGCGCGUGUGGAUAUGUUGUUAUGAGAAUGGAGAAUAAAUCAUUACCAUUGGGUGAAAUAGCGUCGGUUUUGAAUUGUGAUGUGUAUGAAUUAGGAAGGUUGGUUAAGCGUGUGGUUGAGUUUUUGGAUUUGAAGUUGCCUGAAUUUAAUAUUGUUGUUAUGUUUGAGAAAGUGUUUCAUAAUACAAAAUUGGCAAGAUUGGUUGAAUUGGAGAGGGAUCAGUUGGAGCAGAUGAGACAACAAGGAGUGUUUUUGCUGAAUUGUGCGGUGAAGUGGUUUUUGACGACAGGAAGGAAGCCAAUGCCAUUGGUGGCUGCUGUUUUGGUGUUCGUGACUGAAUUGAAUGGGGUUGGUUUGAGGAUUGAGGAUGUUGCCAAGGAGUUACAUUGUGUACUUGGAACAUGUAGAAAGCGGUACUCAGAGUUGUUGGAAGUGCUUGUGAAGGUGGCUCAAGCUCUGCCAUGGGGAAAGCAUGUGAAUGUAAAGAAUAUAGUGAAGAAUGCACCUUUUGUAAUGCGUUACAUGGAGUUGAAGUCCAGGGAGAAGAAAAAAGAAGACAAAGAAGGGCCAAAGUGUGGUGGGGUUGAUUUUGAUGAUGUUGUUAGGGAGUGUUUGGAAAAAGAAUUUGAGUAUGGGAUUGAUGAGGAUAAGGUGGAAAGUUAUUCUAGCUAUUGUGAUAUGGAUGAUAGAAGUGGGCCUACGAGAAGAGGGGUUGAAAAUGGUAAUAAGAUUGAGCUUUCUCAUGAAUGCUUGGGAAUGAUUUAUGCUAAAUUUUUAAAUGAGGUUGAUGGUAGGAGUUUGCCAAGAGGGACUGAGGAGGUACAUGGAAGGAAGAGAAGAAGAGGGUUUGAGUUUAGUGGAUGCAGGGAAUGGUGGACUGGAAAAUCAGAAAUGAGCCAGAAGCUUAUGCUUAAGAAUAUUUUGGAGAAAGAUGUAGGACUGGAUGUUAUGCCUCCAUCUUUUGAUAAUGGUUGCAUGGAAAAUGAGAAGAGGAGGGCUAAGAUAAAUUCUGCCAAGGUUAGGAUUAAUAAGAUUAUGAAUCCAUCCCGUUCUGAUACAGGUGAUAAUGACAAUGUUGCCUCUUCAGAAUGUGUGCUUAGGGAAGAGGAGAAGAGAAAACAAUUUGAUGAAAUUGAUUGGGAAGACUUUAUUAUUGAGACACUCCUCCUUCAUCAGGUGAAAGAAGAGGAUAUUGAGACAGGACAUUACAGUACCUUAUUGGCCUUGCAUGUGUUCAACUGUGAGAAUAUGUGAAG